AUGGCUUCGCAAAUAUACUCGAGCUUCGAAUCCUCUAUGUCUACCCCGCCAGCGACUCGACAAGAUGCUUCCUCAACAUAUUCAAGAUAUAUUCCUCCCUCCAAGAAGAAGCAGCCCGGCAUAAGCCUUCCAAAUCCUCCUCGAGCGGAUUCGCAAUCCCCUCCUCCAAGCCCAAAACGGAAACUCGCAGAGCUGGAAGAUCACAAUGACGAGACCAGUCCAGUGCAAACCAAGAAGCAGAAGAGGAAGCACAUGGAUGGUCCCGAAAUCGUAUCCAACCUCCAGCAAAUUUCCAAACCAACAGCUGUUUUGAUCCCUGCCGCAGACUACUAUGGACCAGAUGAGCCCUUUCAAAGUCCAGCUCCCACUAAAGGACGAAAAGAGAAAAAGAAAGCGAAGGAGAAGGAGAAAAAGAAGAAGCAGAAGAUGACGAGCACAGUGCCUUCAGAUGGAAGCACUGUACCGCAAUCUGGGGAGGCAUUGGCCCUUCGCAUUGGCGAUAAGCACAAAAAGAUCAAGACGCCGAAACCAGAGUCUGACGAGAUACCAGCUGCAGUUCUUGACGAGAAAGCUGAAGACGAGAACAAGAGCGAUGAUUUCAAACGGCAUAGGAAGCUUCUCAAGAAACGGGAAAAGUCCAUACGGAAAGCAGAGAAACUUGCAAAGAAGGACCCAGAAGGAUCAACUGCUGAGAUUCUGGUUGAACCAUCAUUACCUCACGAAGAGGAGGAAAUCCACGAUCUGGUGCCAUUACCCCAGCCUGAGCCCAUUCCAGAACCCCCAGAGCCGUCAAUAACUGCUUCGCUACCUCCUUGGAUUGCAUCACCGAUCCGAGUCCCAUCCACCACGACUGCGAGCUUUGGAGAUCUCGGUCUGUCAAAUGAUAUUGCUGCUGCUCUUGAAGAGAAAGGGUUCAAGGAUGCAUUAGCAAUUCAAGCAGCAGUUCUGCCACUCCUCCUCCCCGGAAAGUCACAACAAUCAGGAGAUGUCCUUGUAUCUGCUGCUACGGGCUCUGGAAAAACUCUGGCUUAUGUGCUUCCAAUGAUUGAGGAUAUCAGUCGCAACCGACAUGUAGGCGUUCAGGGUCUUAUCAUUGUUCCCACGCGGGAAUUGGUUGCUCAAGCACGACAGGUUUGUGAUGUCUGUUCCUCCGUCUUCUCCAAGGUUGAUGGAUAUUCACAGCGACCUCUAAUUGGGACUGCUGUUGGUAAUGAAACAUUACAAAUCGAACAAGAGGCUCUAAUGGGCGAGGAGCUGGUGUUUGAUCCUAUGGGCUACGACGCCGAAACGAAAGCUGCAAAUGCGGCUUGGGAAAGUUCGGAUCAACCUUUGCCAGAUAGGGAACUGUUCCCACAAUAUGAGUAUAAAGCUAGGAUACCUGGUCAUGUCAUCAAGCCCUUUGUGAAGGUUGACAUCUUAAUAUGUACUCCUGGGAGACUCGUUGAUCAUCUCAAAUCUACACCCGGAUUUUCUCUGCAGCACCUUCGCUGGCUCGUUGUUGACGAAGCAGACAAACUGUUGGACCAGAGCUUCCAACAGUGGCUAGAUCUUGUCAUGGAUCAGAUGCAAUCAUACAGAAGGCAUAUCCGAGAUCGCGUACGCAAGGUCAUUCUGAGUGCUACCAUGACAAGCGACAUUGGACAAUUAACUUCACUAAAGCUUUACCGUCCGAAAUUUGUUGUCCUGGAAAGCUCUUCGAGUGAUGGCAUGGAUUCUGCACACCUACUUGCCUUGCCAGCUCUUUUGAAAGAAUCUGGUGUGAAGGUCGAGGACGAUGCGAUCAAGCCACUCUAUCUGAUUGAACUUUUGAGACGAGUAGGCCUCAUCUCCAACGUUGUUCCCAUCGAAUCUGACUCCUCGGACACCGAUUCUUCCGAUUCGGAGUCAGAUUCAGAAAGUCAAGCAUCAACGGACAGAGAUUCCAACCAAGUCAGUGAUUUGAUGUCUCCAAAGACCAACAACACAGACCCCCAAGCACCUAUCGGAGUUAGACCAGCUACUUCCGGUGUUCUGAUAUUUACCAAGUCCAAUGAAACUGCAGUCCGCCUCAGUCGUCUUGUAACGAUUCUCUGCCCAACAAGAUCAUCUCAGAUUGGUGUUUUGACAUCAACAACUCCUCGCCAGACUCGGCAACGUACCAUAUCCUCGUUCUCCUCUGGCAGAGUCGCCAUACUUGUCGCAUCUGACCUCGUAUCUCGAGGACUUGAUCUUCAAAAUUUGGCUCAUGUAAUCAACUACGAUGUUCCGACGAGUCUAACGAGUUAUAUUCAUCGGAUUGGACGGACGGCAAGGGCGGGAAAGGAAGGGCAUGCUUGGACUUUGUUUACAUCUAGUGAGGGUGGGUGGUUCUGGCGCGAGAUUGCGAGGAAUCAGAGAGUUCAGCGAGUCGGUAAUGUGAAGGUGGAGAGGGUGAAUAUCAAGAAAGAGGUAUUUGACAAUGAGAGGCAAAGGUACGAGGAUGCAUUAGAUGCAUUGGAGAAGGAGGCGACUAGCAGAGCUGUCCGACAAACGGAGCGUGAACCAGAUUCUGAAAACUUACAGUCCAAUCUCCGUGAUUGUUGCAACAAUGCCAAUGGGUCCACUGAAGAGAAUCUCGUGGAAAACCUCAUUUGUGACGACGAACAUUUCCAAGUUGGGCGAAUCUACGAGAGCAUAAAAUUCACUCUUGUCGUUGAAUGUCUGUCCAUGGACAGGGACUUGAAAAAGGUAUUUGAAAAUCCUUCACUAUUUGCGGAGUACGAACAUUGUUCCCUUCGUCAACAGCACAUAUUACUAGGGACAUCAGGGACAUUACAAUAG